ACUACUAAAAUUGGUGGGAUUAAGUUAUUUAACACCGACAUGUGAAGUCAGUGGACCAGACACCCCAAAAGGUUUGAAGGACAUACAACAUAGUACACAAAAUGAUAAUUUAUAUGUUAUUAUACAUCCCCAUGAAUCUCGAAACUUUUGAUCUAGGUACGUACUGGAACGAAUCAUAACGACAUUUGAAUUAUACAAGAUUAUACAUGAAAAUUCUUCUUUUAGGUCUCUUUUUAGUCCUACAUCUCUAAUCCUUAGAUGGAAAGUUCAUUUAUCCCUAUCAGCGACAAGGGCUUAUUGAUUGGUAUAACCAACAUGCCAAACUUCACCCAAUGUGAACUCCAAACUAUUCACAUUAGGGGGAGGGGGCACCAAAAGCUCUAGCAAUGGUGAAGUAUAACUUGGUUAAUUGAGUUGGUUGAACUCCAAAUCCCAAGAUUCAAAUCUACCAGACUUUCCCUCCAAAUUCUCAAACUAAUAUAAACUACAACCACCUCCAAUUGAAAGGCAUUGGGCUUGGGCACCCCAUAUCUUCCCCUGUUCUUCAAAAGAUGGCAAUGGAGAUUUUGAAGGCCUUAGCAUUCAUCACAGUUGCAGCAACUAUUUUAGGUAGUUUUUCAGUUGAAGGGCAGACUCGUUCGUCUUGCACAACCUCAAUGAUCAACAAUUUCACCCCAUGUUUCAAUGUCAUCACUGGAAGUAGCAACAAUGGUUCAUCACAAAAAGAAAGUUGCUGCACCACACUGAGGUCGCUCUCAGGAACAAGUAUGGACUGUGCCUGCCUUUUACUUACUGCCAAUGUGCCUGUUCCUCUGCCCAUCAAUGCAGCCCUUGCACUCAUCCUUCCAACUUCUUGUAACAUCACCAACCUACCUGCACAAUGCAAAGCUUCUGGUUCACCCCUACCAUCCCCAGGACCUAUCUCACUUGGACCAACUGCACCAUUUCCUACUGCAGCUGCUUCUCCUUCUCCUCUAAGCCCACAAGUUUCAAAAGCAGUAGCAGUAGCUCUGGCACCGGAAGACGGUCAGCGGCAGCAAUUGAUGCCCACACAUCCUCCGGCAGAAUCAGAAGCUCCGGCAGCAACCCAUCGUCGGAUCCGACCUGUUUUAGCUCCAUCCGCAUCCUCUCCAUCUUGUGUCUGCCCACCAUCGCUCUUGCUAAUAUCCAUAGCCUUCAUGGUUUUCAAAUCCCAAUGAACAGCUUUUUGCUUUCAC